UAUUCUAAUAGAUGCUAGAAUUGAUUAUUGCCGUUGAAGGAUCAGUAACCCUUUAAAUAGCUACUUUCUUCAUUGACAUCCACGCCAUCAACCAACAACACAUCCUCAUCUCCCUCCUCAAAAUGUUAAGUUCAACAAGCAGCAGAUGAACUUAAUUUACAGUGAACUAGUGGAGAGGAAGAUUAACAUUGUUAUAAGUUGUGACAAUUACUAAUCCUUGUGGCAAGCAAUGGCUAGAGAGCAAUUGGGAGUGCUUAAUGCACUAGAUGUGGCCAAGACUCAAUUGUACCACUUCACAGCAAUUGUGAUUGCUGGAAUGGGAUUUUUCACUGAUGCUUACGAUCUCUUCUGCAUUUCCUUGGUGUCCAAGUUACUCGGUCGUAUUUACUACACCGACCUAACUCACCCAAAACCCGGCACAUUGCCUCCCAAUGUGGCUGCUGCUGUUAACGGUGUGGCUCUAUGUGGCACCUUAGCCGGCCAGCUCUUCUUUGGUUGGCUCGGAGACAAAAUGGGUCGAAAAAAGGUCUAUGGUAUGACCCUUAUUCUCAUGGUUUUAUGCUCCGUUGCGUCAGGUCUUUCGUUUUCGGAUCAUCCAAAGAGUGUGAUCUCCACACUUUGUUUCUUCCGGUUCUGGCUUGGGUUUGGCAUUGGUGGUGACUAUCCCCUCUCAGCCACAAUCAUGUCCGAGUAUGCCAAUAAAAAGACUCGUGGGGCAUUUAUUGCUGCGGUGUUUGCCAUGCAAGGAUUUGGGAUUUUGACUGGUGGGAUUGUGGCUUUGAUUGUGUCAUCCGCGUUUGAUCACGCUUUCAAGGCUCCUGCAUACUCUGUGGACAGACGUGCUUCUCUUGCACCUCAAGCCGACUUUGUCUGGCGUAUCAUUCUAAUGGUUGGCGCCCUUCCUGCUCUUUUAACUUACUACUGGCGUAUGAAAAUGCCUGAGACAGCUCGUUACACAGCCCUCGUAGCGAAAAAUGCUAAGCAGGCUGCCACAGACAUGUCUAAGGUUCUCCAAGUUCAGCUUGAAGCUGAAGAUGAGAAACUAGAGAAGAUUACUGAAGAGAAGUCCAAUAGCUUUGGCUUGUUCACCAAGCAAUUCGCUGCUCGCCACGGUCUUCACUUGCUUGGCACCACUUCUACUUGGUUCUUGCUAGACAUUGCCUUCUACAGCCAAAAUCUGUUCCAAAAAGACAUCUUUAGCGCAAUUGGGUGGAUCCCGAAAGCAGAGAGCAUGAAUGCAAUCCAUGAGGUGUACAGAAUUGCAAGAGCACAAACCCUAAUAGCUAUGUGCAGCACUGUCCCUGGAUACUGGUUCACUGUUGCAUUCAUUGAUUACAUGGGCAGAUUUGCAAUCCAACUGAUGGGAUUCUUCUUCAUGACUGUGUUCAUGUUUGCUUUGGCAAUUCCUUACCACCACUGGACCCUAAAGGGCAACCAUAUUGGGUUCGUUGUGAUUUACUCAUUCACCUUUUUCUUUGCCAAUUUCGGACCCAAUGCCACCACAUUUGUUGUACCCGCUGAGAUUUUCCCUGCGCGUUUGAGGUCUACAUGUCAUGGAAUAUCAGCUGCAGCCGGGAAGGCUGGAGCAAUCGUUGGGGCGUUUGGGUUUUUGUAUGCAGCACAAGACAAGAAUCCUACAAAGACUGAUGCAGGCUACCCACCUGGCAUUGGUGUGAAGAAUUCUCUAAUUAUGCUUGGUGUGAUCAACUUUUUCGGCAUGGUUUUUACAUUCUUGGUGCCGGAAUCCAAGGGAAAAUCACUUGAGGAGUUGACAGGUGAGAAUGAAGAAGAAGACGAGGCCCCAGAGCAGCAGGCAGCUUCUGCUAGAACCGUUCCAGUUUGAUGUAAUUUUACAAUGGGUUUUAUUUCAUUUGCGAAGCAAUAAUAAAAAUGAAGUUGAUAUAUGUUUGCUUUUGGUUUGUGUAAUUGAAGUAGAAGCAAUUACAACUUGUUUUGAAAUCCUUUUGGUUGUGCAUGUAAUAUACCAUUUUUCUUCGUCUUUGUUUUGAAAUAUAUUUCCACCCUUCUUAACUUUAAUGGCUA